CCUGCAUCAUGUUUUGGUCCAACGCAAAGCUUCUCUUCACCGCAGAGAGGAUUCCUGUUCUUCCAAGAUGGGCCUGACAGGCUGGAAGUCCAGGUGUCAUAACCAGCUGACGCAGGGGAAGGGACCUGGGCCGAUCCAUGAAAGAACUGGCGGAGAAUGCAUACCCACCUGCACCACCAUUGCACCUACACCUCCUCCCUCUUUGGCUUCCAAGAACACAGGCUACAAGAGUGUGACACAAGGCACCAACUUUGUUUCCCCCCAAAGCCCUCAGAAUCUCGCUGUGCUAGCUCCUAUAGCCAUCAGCAAAUUCCCCUUUACCAUCAUAAUGGGACAGAUUGACCCAAUGGCUGCUGAUUUCUUCCGGUUCAAGCAGCACUAUUGUUUGAGCUGGGGCAAUGUGGUGGAUGCUCUACAGGCCCUUGAAAAGCUACUUCGGGAAUUUGCAGUGCCAUUGGCUGAGGUGUGUGGAGAGGAACUGGCAAACUUUGCCCAGAGUUGGGAGGUUGGGUGGAGAAGUGCUCCUCCAGUGAUGGGCCUUCUCUCAGUACUUGAAAACAGGGAGCAGGUGCUGGACCUGGUGUUACGCCCAGGUCAGCGCUAUAAAGGAGAGGGAGGCACUGAGGCAGCUGCCACCCGGAUCCAGUCCUGCUGGAGGCGCUACUUAGCCCAAACAACCCACUGUCGGCGCAAGUGGGCGGCAAGGACCAUUGCCAUCUCAUGGUUGAUGCACACUCAGAGGCGGCAUGUCAGGAAGGCCCUGCAGGCCAGGCGUUUUAGACAGCUGGAGAAUUACCGCUACAGAGCCCAGCAUCUGGCAGCCAACUGGAAACACAUCCAGGCGUCCAAGAGGACCAUUAUCCACAUUCCGUCAUUAGGCUUUUUCCAGAGCCAGUGCAUGAGGCUGAAGUGGUUUGAUGUCCUACAGAACAUCCAAUUAAGCAGACUUUGUGAAAUUAGAGAUGAAAAUGUGGAGGUAAUCUAUGUAUCUCCAAGACAUCUGGGGGAAGACCUCUUGCAUUAUUAUACCAGCAUCCUCAAGCAUCAUGGAGCUGCGGAGGCCGAUGAAACAGAGCCCACUCAGUCCCGCAUCAAACGCUUUACCAUCCUCACACCUGAUGCUGUAGAAUAUUUCUCGAGCCGUAACAUGUGCCUGUCCACACUGCUGAAGUACAGCCCACGCACCUUGAAACGCAUCAGGAACCUGAUCCAGGGCAAGGAGGCAUAUAUAGUGGGUGGGGUGGCCCAUGAGGAUGACCUGGAAGUGGCCGAUGAGCUGGGAGUGCCAAUCUUGGGCCCAGAGCUAGCCUUAGCACAGCUGUACAGCACCAAGUCUGGAGGGAAGAAGAUAUUCGCUGGGGCAGAAGUCGAUGUACCCCCUGGGCAGGGAGACAUUUACUCCCUUAACCAGCUUCAUGAAACAAUGGCUGAGCUGAUGGCUCAGAACAUGGAUGUGCAGCGCUGGGUGUUCAAGAUUGACUCUGAGCAUGGUGGCCGUGGUACGGCAUACUGUGAUGUGUGCCAUCUUAGCUGCUAUCGCUGGGCUCUGGAGGAGUACCGUCAUCAUGGUCCUGAUCUAUGCAACUCACAAUGGGUUCAGGAGCGUAUUAGGUUCAGAUAUCUAGAUGAAGUUCCAGGGUGGCUGGCCCAUCAUGCCCAGCCUGCUAAAUCCUCCUGCUAUCCCAACUGGGCCUGCUUCCUGAAGACCUUCCUCAGACAAGGUGGGGUGGUGGAAGCCUACCCCCCUUCAGAUAGUGUGACCUGCCUGACAGUAGAUCUACUACUGGAACCUGGGGGUGAGGUGACCAUGCUGUCUUGUGGAGACCAGCUCCACGGCUCCUGUCAGCUGGAGACUGUCGGUUCCUCUGUCCCUCAGACCUCUGUCUGUCCUGGCACCCUGCACUCCAUCUGCAUGCGUGUUGGCCAGGUCUGCCUGCAGCGUCAUAUCAUAGGCCAUGUCUCCCUGGACCUAGCCACUUUCCUGAACCCCACCACCUUGGAGCAGGAGGUGUGGGCCAUUGAUCUGGACCUGAGAUACAGUGACCAGCUGGCCAUGACCCAGAUGCUACUGAUGAUGACUGGUGGAACGCUGGAUUGCCGCAUGUGCCGUUUAGAAGUGCCAGUGCCAAUCAAAGACAAAUGCUCUGCACGUCAGAUGGCAGCCAAACGUCCAGUGACUAAUCGUUACGCAGUUAUUGGGAGUCGCUUGUUUCACACUAUCCUUUCCAUGGUGCUCCACACUGUGUUUCUGAAGAUGUGCAGGGCUCAAGGCAUUGGAUUUGACUUGGAGAGGAAGCAAGGCACUGUUUUUGCUCUCCAUGACAGCAGUGGUAGAGGGGGUCUUGGCAUGAUAACCAUCUCAGAAGAUCUCCAGGGAGCCCUAGUGACCUUUGCUCGGAAUCUGUCAGUCAUUCAUCAGGAGAUAUCGUCUCCUAAAAUGCAAGGAGAGACUAAUUUCAAGGAUCUGAUGAAGGAAAUAGAGCGUGUGUCUCAGAUGACUGGCCAGAACAAAAUACGAGCAGUGGAGGACAACACAGCUAUUCCUUAAACAGCUGGGUCACAGAUACAGCUGCCAAGUUAAGUCAUUGUGUCUGUGCCAACUUUGAUUUGCAAUUAUUAUGUGACUUCAUGAAGCUUGAAUAUGUUAGCUGAGCCACAGGUCAAAACUGAUUAAACCCAUCCAAUAAAUUCCUGAGAUAUCUUUGUCAGUGUUAAAGUAAAGAGUUUGGUUGUCUCUUUGAACUAUUGGAAUACACCUUA